AUGGUGGAGAAUCAUGUGAGGCUGAGUGAUGCGGGGAGUAUGGUCUCACAGCGAGAUAAUUCCAAAAGUCGACCCAGAACACACAUCGCACUCCACGUUGCCUCGGUGCUGUGGAUCGCCGCAUGCUCUGACAGCAUAGUGCUGCACGCGAAGCUCGACCAUGUCAGUGAGCCGAUACGGUCUGUCUCGGCAUCCUGGCAGUGGCAAGCGACGGUGAUGUCUAUAGCCUACGGUCAGACACCCUGGAAGGCAACCAGUCAUCGCUCAGCUGGCCGUCAUGAGAUGAGCCCGUCCAGCUGGCUUGUUCAGACGGCGACCAGGCGCCUCUGGCUCCGCGGCGGGGAAGGAGAGGAGCAGGCCAACAGCUACGACGAGGUGUCAAGCGUGGAGAUCCGCAGCAAGUUUAAGGAGAAGUAUACGUUCGAGCAGCGCAAAAAGAUGGCUGAUGAUAUCUUGAGUACGGGAAGGGGGCUGCCGGUGAUCGCCGAGAAGCUCCUGGAGAGCAUACCCCUCCCAGAGACACAGAAGCCAAAGUUCCUUGUUCCUCCCUCCCUUCCCCUCGAACAGUUCGUACAGGAGGGUGGGACGAGGAUGGGGAGAGGGGAGAUGUUGUUGUGGGAAGAGCACGAGCACGAGCACGAGGAGAAGGACGAGGACGAGGACGAGGACGAGGACAAGGAGCAGGACGAGGACGAGGACGAGGACGAGGACAAGGACAAGGACGAGCGAGGACGAGUACGAGGAGCAGGACGAGGACGAGGAGCAGGACGAGGACAAGGAGCAGGACGAGGACGAGGACGAGCGAGGACGAGGACGAGGGCAAGGACGAGGAGCAGGACGAGGAGCAGGACGAGGAGCAGGACGAGGACGAGGACGAGGAGCAGGACGAGGACGAGGACGAGCGAGGACGAGGACGAGGAGCAGGACAAGGACGAGGAGCAGGACGAGGACGAGGAGCAGGAAGAGCACGAGGACGAGGACAAGGACGAGGACGAGAACAAGCGAGGUCGUAGUGGUGUGGUGAUCUUGCGGAAGCGACUCCCUUGGGAGGAUGGGAUGGACACGACAGGAACCAUCACUCUCUUCUGCGACAGCGGAAAGGAGAUGGCUGCUGGAAAGGACAUGAAGGAGCUUUACGACAAGAAGAAGGACGAUGACGGAUUCUUGUACUUGAUGUAUGCCCAUACAUGGCGGCCGAUCCAGAAGAAAGAUGAAGUCAUUGACGACUACAGUGACUCCGAGCUCAACAAGCUGCUUGACGACGAGGGGAACAUCCUAUACGAUGAAUACCUGGAUGAGAGAACGGCAGACAUAAGGAGGAGUCAAUUCAGCCAUCCUCGGCUCAAGGCGAUCACCAUCCAACAGCCUCUUGCAGAUGCCACGCUGCUCGGACUGAGGAAGGUCCCAACCUCAGAGGGCCUCUGGCUUGCCCUUCACAUCGGUAGAAGUCAAGAUCAUUUCACCAACUAUCAGCUCUGGCCGGAGUGUCCUCUCGUCCCCUUCGGCCGGAAGCGCAUGGGCUGCAUCGUCGGGCUCAUCCACAUCCGGGCCUGCGUCCCUUCCCACAUGUGCACGAGCACGUGGAGGGACAUCCCCCUCCCCUCGAGCUACUACUUCGAGAUAGACCAGGUGCUGCCGCUUCCGAUCGCCAUCCACCAUCGCCACUCGUUCAGAAUGUGGACUGUGGAGGAGUCUGCUUGCAAGCAGAUCCAAGAGUUCUUGUUAAGCAGGAAAGGAAGAUUGUUCGAGUAUCCUCCUCUCCCAAAGCCAAACAUCUUUGAGGAAGGCUUUCAGGAUUUCGGCCCGCAAAUGGCACAGAGAAUGUACGAGGCAUGGGUCAGAGAAACAGCACAAACCAUCCGCGAAAAGCUCUACCAGGGAAGGCCAAUGUCGCGCAAAGAAUGGGAGGACAGGGUGGAGGAGCAGAAGAAAAGUCUGGUCUAUCACAAGUUCAAGCCAAACUCCCAGACUGUGCGAGAGAACUUCUGGUCCUACAGCGUCUCGGAGGAAGCAAAGAUUUACCAUGACCUCGAUCUCCAAGUUGAGCAGGCUUUGCUGGAGAAUGGAACCGUGCCUGAACACCUCAAGCCAUACCUCUACUCUGAAUCUGACGAAGACUCUAACGCGACUAUCACUCCUGCUUACAUGAAGGAGGACAUUAUAGACCACCUCGGCAUUCAACCGCCCGAGCAAGUCAAGAAGUCAGUUGUAGAAGCCUUGAAGCCGCUCACGGAGGAGGAGCAAAAGAUCAAGCUGAGAUCAAUCAACGGGUCUGUCGUCUACUACAACCCGGAUGACGACGACGGCUCCUACCGGUUGAGGCCGACGGUUGAAGGGAAACUGCGACAGAAGUUCUCACACAGCGAGGACGAGAAUGACCCUCUGUUCGUCCCCAAGGUUGGAAAGCACAAAGCUGCCGAGAUGCCAGCGGUCGCGGACUACGUGCAGGAUCUUAUCGGGGUACCGGACAGACUGAAGACCACGGAUGAAGUCAUAAUGGAGGAAGACGACGAGGAACACCAGAAAAUUUUCUCCUUCAAAAAGGGCAAGAAGCGGAGGCUGCAGACUCCAGCUCAGCCGGCACCAGAGACUGCGCCUGCCGACGGCGCUGCUGGGAAGGGAGCUGGAGGGGAUGAAGGGGAUCGAGGAGGAGACCCCAACAAGAAAGAUCCUGAGGCGAAGAGGCUGAUGCUGACCCGGGACGAUCGGAGCCUGAACUUGAAAGCCAUGAUGCGGCAGCAGGACGGCGGCAGCGGAAGCGACUCCCUCAUCCGGGCAAUGGAACUCAGUAGUCUCAAGGGACUGAGAGGCUCAGGCUUGACUUGGGCUCCUCUGACUAGUAAUUUGAAUAAUCAAACGAGGAUGUAUAUUCAAGUUCACGAGUAUCGGGCCCGUCCGUCUUUGGCAGUCCUGCCGCUGCUCCCGACGGUGGACCGCAACUUGCCUGUCACUGGCGGCCGCACCGUCCCCUGGGUUCGGACUGACUCAGUGACUCAGCGAUCGGGCGACCCGACGGUCGGACGGUCCGGUCAGUGCGUCCAGUGCGUCGGGCAGGAGGACGAGAAGAGGAGCUGCUUUGUCUCAGAGUUGCUGGAGCUGCGGGUGGAGGACGGGAUGGAGGGGGUGGAGACACCUGUAGUUACGAUCAAGACGACCAAGAGGGCUGACUCGUGGAAGUGUGCGAACAUCUCAGAGAGGGGAGCUGAAGAUCAUAGGAGCGGGUCAACUGCCCGUCAGCAGGGGAAGACUAUCGCUGACGUCCAAGGCAAGCGAGCAAGGCUCGGCGGAGCGCUCGACGGGGGAGGAAAGUCAGGAGAGCAGCGGAAGGGGGAGAAGAAGGAGCAGAAGGCGAUCACGGAGGAGGAGGAGAUCGAACUGAUGCAGAUCCUGCACAACAACACGAGGCUCGACGAGGUGCUACAGCUGAAGGAGCAGCUGACGCGCGAGUUUGUGCUGCUGCAGGAUGCAACCAUCCACUCCACGCUCAACAGCCAGGGGCUGAUCAGCUCGCUGACGAGGAGGCUGGAGGAGGCGGCGGGGCCUGCCAUGGACCUCGUCAACGACGUCGGGCAGUUCGAGAAGUCGAUCAGGGGGGCUCAUGCUGAUCUCAUGGCGCUGCGAGCGACGAGCAACAGGUUCCAUGCCGUGCUGAGAAACCAGGCGGAGAUGCAGAGGCUGAUAUCGGCCUUCACGGAGGACAUGUGGCUGAGGGAGGAGGAGGAGAUGAUGAUCCGUGAGGCCCCGCUGACGACCAAGGAGGGGAAGCUCAACGGCAGGCUGGUGGAGGCAGCUGGGAGGCUCGUGGGCAUCGUCAACCACUUCGUAGAGAACAUCCCUCCCGACAUGCUGAGGAUGGAGGCGGUCAUGCAGAGGAAGGAGCAGAUUCACAGCCUGCGCCUCGCCUUCUCCCGCCGAGUCCUCCACCAGCUCAGGAGCGAGCUAGAGGAAGCGGUGCAGGGAGCGGAGAGGGGGAGCAGAGAGGCGAUCCAUGGGCAUCUUGGCGUCUACUUCCCCCUCAUCGAGCACCUCGUGGAGCUCGACGUGUCAGCUCGGAGCUCGCUGGAACGGAGCUACAUCGCUCUUGCUGGGCCGUGGCUGAGGGAGGAGGUGACGUCUCUAAUUGAGCUGAGCAAGGAGCAGGUGGUGCGUGCGAGCAAGGAGCAUCGGCUACUCAUGGUGCCGGACGCGCGAAGCAAGGAAGUAGACGCGUUCCACUCGGACAAGGGAGGAGGAGGAGGAGGAGGGGGAGGAGACGGGCGCGUCAUCGGUCGGUGCGGGCUGGCCCACCUGUUCAGGAUGUUGGGGUCCCUUCUUCUGAGCGAGCAGGCGUUCUGUGCCCGGUGGCUGGCGCUGGAGGAGGAGGAGGAGGAGCUGCAGCUGUCGAGCAUCUUCCAGAAGUGCCUCAUGUCGAUCUCGACCGAGAUCAUCGCCUUCUGCAGCUGGCUGAUCAAGCACGACAUGCUCGGACUGCCGGCGCUGCUGUCGCAUACCAGCGUCGCGCUGGAGCAGUUUCAGAGGAGCGAGGGGAAGGGCGGGAAGGAGGGAGCGGGCAGAGGAAGCGAGGCGCAGGAGGAUGGGAAGGGAGGGGUGACUAGGAGGGCACCGGGGGGGUCAUCGAACCGCUUCUGCUGGUACUGGAAGAAGAUCCUGUGGGAGGUCAGCAUCAACCUGCAGUCAAAGUUCUCGCACUUCAUCGACGAGCAGGUCGAAGCCCUGUGCGAGCAUGCCUCCAACGUUCGCAAACUUCCUUCGUGGAUCAGCAAGGUGAACUGGUGA